CACAGAGAGGUCUCUUGAAAGUUGAAGAUCAUCAAUGGCUACCGCCGGUAGAAAGAGAGGAAGAAAGAAGAAGAAGAAGAGGAUGAAGACGAUGACCAAAAAGAUAACCAAACUCACUAAGAAAUUCAAAGCCACCCUUCAACUCCGUCACCAACACUGUACUAAACUCAUACCCCACCUCAUCGCCGCCAUUUCCUCCGCCCAUUCUUUCCUCCUCCGCCAUGACCUCCAUCUCCUCCCUCAUCAAUCCCUUUCCCUCGAAUCCCUUAUCUCCUCGUCCUCCUCUUCCAUUUCCAACAUCGUUUCACUUCUCUCUCUCCCUCCUCCGCCUCCACGCGCUGCUCCACCUCCACGCGCCGCCGUUACUUCUCCGAGCGACGAUGACUCAUUACCCGGUUGUUGGUUUCAGCGAUUUCUGAUUGCAGAUUCGGAUACCCUUUGGGCUGAAACUUUCAAUCUUACGGAACCCUCUUUUACCCUUCUGCUUCGUCUUCUAACGCCUUCGCUUUCUUCACUUUCCGUUCCUCCUAAUUACGCUCUUGCUUUGACCCUUUAUCGUCUUGCUCAUGGUGCUUCAUUUUCUGCUGUUUCGCGGCGAUUUGGGAUUGAUUCCCCUACUGCUUGUCGCGUUUUCUACACUGUAUGUAAAGCUAUUACUGAGAACCUGGGGCAUUUGUUUGAGCUCAAGAGUGAUAUCAAUAGGGUUAUUGUGGGGUUUGGGUGGAUUUCAUUGCCUAAUUGUUGUGGUGUUUUGGGAAUUGAAAAGUUCGAAUUGGGUGGUGAUUUGCUAGGUGAAAAUGGAUUUUUGAUUGUUCAAGCUUUGGUUGAUUCUGAAGGAAGAUUUUUGGAUGUAUCAGCUGGGUGGCCUUCUACUAUGAGGCCUGAAACUGUUUUACGAAAAUCUAAGCUUUAUUUGGGUGUUGAGGAAUCAAAAGAGUACUUAAAUGGUUCAUCUUUUGAGCUAAAUGAUGGCAAUUCAAUACCUCAGUAUAUUCUUGGUGAUUCCUGUUUCCCACUUUUACCAUGGGUUCUCACACCCUACAGAGGAGAAUCGAACGUGGAAGAUGGGGCGGAAAUGGCGUUUAAUUCAGUGCAUAGAAGAGGAAUGCAGUUGGUGGGGACAGCUUUUGGGAGAGUUAGGGAAAAGUGGAAGCUUCUAGCUAGGAAAUGGAAUGAGCAAUGUAUUGAGGCAUUUCCAUUUGUGAUUAUCACAUGCUGUUUGCUGCACAAUUUUCUUAUCAAGUGUAGUGAAGCAGUGACAGAUGAAACCGAGGAGGAGUAUCCGAGAUUUGAAGAGUUUCCUGUGUUUGACGGAGAGGUUGAUGAAAGUGGGAAGAAGAUUAGAGAUGCGCUUGCCUCACACUUGUUUAGGGUAAGUCAGAGGGAAUGAAUUCCGGGUUUAUGUUGUUUAUGUUAUUGUUCUGCUUAGCAUCUUAUAGUGAUAUGUAUAUAUUAGUCUGAUGUUAACUGUUAAGUUGCCCUAGUUAGAAAUUUAGAAGCAGUUUGCCUAGUUUUCGCAUUUCCAGUUCUCUUUUGGUCUCAUGUAGAAUCAUAUGGAAAAUUUAGCAUUAGCUGCUGAUUCAGUAUUA